GAGAUUCUUCAGGCUCACUUUCAAGUGCUUCGUGGACUGCUUCUGACCGCGCCGCCCCGCCUCCCCGACCCCCGGCCCGGCCGCCCCCCGGCCCCCGGCGGGCCCGCGCCUUCGGGGCCCCCCCCCGCGCCCCCGGCGCCCCCCCCCCCCGCCCCCCCCGUCCGCCCGCCCCCGCGAGCCGCCGCGCCCCCCGGCCCGGCCGUGCGGCCCGCCGGGGUCAUGGCGAAGAAGAGCGCCGAGAACGGCAUCUACAGCGUGUCCGGCGACGAGAAGAAGGGCCCCCUGAUCGCGCCCGGGCCCGACGGGGCCCCGGCCAAGAGCGACGGCCCCGCGGGCCUGGGGGCGCCUGGCGGCCGCCUGGCCGUGCCACCGCGUGAGACCUGGACGCGCCAGAUGGACUUCAUCAUGUCGUGCGUGGGCUUCGCCGUGGGCCUGGGCAACGUGUGGCGCUUCCCCUACCUGUGCUACAAGAACGGCGGAGGUGUAUUCCUUAUCCCUUAUGUCCUGAUCGCUCUGGUUGGAGGAAUCCCCAUUUUCUUCUUGGAGAUCUCGCUGGGCCAGUUCAUGAAGGCCGGCAGCAUCAACGUCUGGAACAUCUGCCCCCUGUUCAAAGGCCUGGGCUACGCCUCCAUGGUCAUCGUCUUCUACUGCAACACCUACUACAUCAUGGUGCUGGCCUGGGGCUCCUACUACCUGGUCAAGUCCUUCACCACCACGCUGCCCUGGGCCACCUGCGGCCAUACCUGGAACACGCCCGACUGUGUGGAGAUCUUCCGCCAUGAAGACUGUGCCAAUGCCAGCCUAGCCAACCUCACAUGUGACCAGCUAGCUGACCGUCGGUCCCCCGUCAUCGAGUUCUGGGAGUAAGUCAGGCGCCUCCGGGCCAGGCUCUGCCCGU